AGUAAAACAACGAGCUCCACCGGAGACCACCGCCACAUUGAUCCGCGGGGUGCUAGAAGGGGGGCGCCCCGGUAUAAGUGGACCUAAGGCUUCCUGGGAGAAAAUGUGAGGAUGUCGUCGCGGCAGGACGCCUGGUGACUGGUUCUUUCUGCAGGUCCUUUGCGCACCUGGCUGCCCAGGCGCGCACGCCGAGCGGACCAUCCGAAUCGAAGCCCUCCUCACCUCCACACCUGCCGCUACUAGUCCGGUUCGUCCUGAUCCCACACGGCUCAGAGGGAGAGCUGGAGGGGCUUUCUGACCUCGGCUGCAUCUCGCCUCUUCCUGGAAGGUUAGCGCCGUGUCCCGAGGAGGAUGCCGAGCAGAAUAUCCCCAAACAGACAUGGUGGACUGUGCCCUGUCCCUGUGUGCCCUCUUGCUCUAUACUGGACCUGUGUGUGUGCAUAAAGAAGUAUCCAUGUCCAAAUCAUCGCCUCUGGCAGUCAUGAGGAAUAGAGGGCUGAAGACACAGUCCUGAAGAUUGAUGGAGGGCCAUGCUAUUCAAACAGCAGGCAUUGCUGAGACAGAAGCUCUUUGUUCUGGGCAGCCUUGCUAUCGGAAGUGUCCUCUAUCUUGUGGCCAGGGUUGGGACCUUGGAUAGGCUACAGCCAAUUUGCCCCAUUGAGAGCAGACUGCCCCCACCUGAGCCAGAGCAGAUUCCUCUCCGUACUCUGCAAUUUAAGCGUGGCCUGCUCCAUGAACUACGCAAGGGCAAUGCUACUAAAGAGCAAAUCCACUUGCACAACCUUGUCCAACAACUCCCUCAGGCCAUCAUCAUUGGGGUGCGCAAAGGCGGCACCCGCGCCCUGCUGGAGAUGCUCAACCUGCAUCCAGCAGUGGUCAAGGCCUCACAGGAGAUCCACUUCUUUGACAAUGACCAAAACUAUGCCCGGGGCAUCGACUGGUACAGAGAGAAAAUGCCCUUCUCUUUCCCUCAUCAGAUUACCAUUGAGAAGAGCCCUGCCUACUUCAUCACUGAGGAGGUCCCCGAACGCAUCUUUAAGAUGAACUCCUCCAUCAAGCUGCUGAUCAUUGUCCGCGAGCCCACCACCAGAGCUGUGUCAGACUACACACAAGUGCUAGAGGGCAAGGAACGCAAAAACAAGACCUACCACAAGUUUGAGAAUUUGGCCAUUGACUCAAACACCUGUGAGGUGAACACAAAGUACAAAGCAGUGCGGACCAGCAUCUACACCAAACAUCUGGAGCGCUGGCUGAAGUACUUUCCUGUGGAGCAGUUCCACAUUGUGGAUGGGGACCGCCUUAUCACGGACCCACUGCCGGAGCUGCAGCUAGUCGAGCGCUUCCUCAACCUCCCCUCGAGGAUCACCCGGUAUAACCUGUACUUCAAUGCCACCAGGGGAUUUUACUGUCUGCGAUUUAACAUUGUCUUCAACAAGUGCCUGGCAGGCAGCAAGGGCCGCAUCCAUCCAGAGGUGGACCCAUCGGUGGUGACUAAACUGCAGAGGUUCUUUCACCCCUUCAAUCAGAAGUUUUACCAGAUCACUGGUAGGACAUUCAGCUGGCCAUGAUGAGCUUUGGACUCCCUCAUUGAGAUUCCUUGGAUUGGUUUUUUUCAAAUGCCAAGCUACAAGAUCUCAAAAGAUAUUAAUAGCACUUUGACUGAAUUUAAUACAAGAAAGUCAAUGUUACCAAAUAUAAAAGGAGCUUGAUGUAAGUUAGUUUUUACGUGUGAAUAAUGAAAUAAAAUGGUUUGAUGGUUUGACUAAGAUAUUCAGUUCAAAGCACUUGAUCGUGAAAAAAAUGAAUUCACCCACUAUUAUUGUUUCCUAAAAAAAUGAAAUGAAAAAGAUUAGCCUUUUUCAUUAAAACCUUUUUUAGAAGAUGAUAAAAUGACAUUUGAUCAACAACAAAAUUGUUCACUUGUUUCCCACCAUGUUGUUAAUUUGACCAAAAAUUAAUGUGCAAUCAAGAUUUGUACUUAGAGCUAUAGUGAAAAAAAAUGCUGUUCUCUGAUUAUUCUUGUCAAAGAAACUGUUCAUUCUAUAAUGAGUAGCAAAAUGUGUCUGUUUCUGUGCAAAUAUUCAUGUGUGUUGUUAAAAACGUUGACAUUAAAAGUACAUG